AUGCCAAGGAGGAGGAAACUGCUUGCAGGCCCGCCCGCGCUGUGCGGGCGCAGCUCGGACUCUGAUUCCGCGGAUCCGCAGCUAGUGGGCGCUGCGGACCUCGUGAGCGGCAGCCCCGGAGGUGCCAGGGGGCGGGAGCGAGGCGCGGCGGGUCCAGGCGGGGGCGGCGGGUGUCGCCAUGGCAACCGCGGGCGCCGCCGCCAACCGCCCGGGCUGGAGCCGGGAGCCGCGCGCCGGGACCCACGCGCCCGCGCUUCCCCGGAGCUGUCCGCGCCCCCGCGCCAUGGAGCAGCCGAUGCAUGGAAAUCCUUGGCUUCUGAACUGAUAACACAGAGAGUGAAGGAAGAGAAGGAGGCCCGGCGGGCACGAUUGGAUGGCAGACAUGACUACUUAUUUUCUGUAGUAGCAUCCUGUGUGGACCUGAGCAAAAAGGACGUGGAGGAUGCCAUUCUCGAGGGGAACCAGAUCGAAAGAGUCGAUCAGCUUUUUGCUGUUGGAGGAAUUCGUCACCUCAUGUUUUACUAUCAGGAUGAGGAGGUUGCAGAAACAGGACAACUCAGCGCUGCAGGAGCUGCAGGAGGAGUCAGUCUUCUUUCGGGAAAGAUCAAGAAACCUAAGGUGUUCGUGACAGAGGGAAAAGAUGUCGCUCUGACUGGGAUAUGUGUGUUCUUCAUCAGGACUGACACUUCCAAAGCCAUCACCCCUGAGAACAUCCACCGGGAUGUGAGCUUUAACAUGUUGGACACGGCCGAUGGCGGCCUGCUCAACAGUGUGAGAAGUUUGCUGUCAGACAUCUUCCUUCCUGCUCUCAGGGCCUCGAGCCACGGCUGGGGCGAGCUUGGGGGUCUUCAGGAAGCAUCCAGCAUUCAGCAGGAGUUCCUGAGCUCUCUAGAAAGCUUUGUGAAUGUGCUGUCAAGUGCUCAGGAGAGCCUGAAGGAGAAGGUGAACUUUCAAAAGUGUGACAUUUUUGAACUAAAAACCCUGAAGGAACCAACAGACUAUUUGACUCUAGCUAAUAAUCCUGAGACUUUGGAAAAAAUAGAAGGUUGUAUGAAAGUAUGGAUCAAACAGACGGAACAGGUUCUUGCUGAAAACAAUCAGCUGAGAAAGGAAGCAGAUGACCUUGGACCCCGAGCAGAGUUGGAGCACUGGAAGAAGAGGCUUUCCAAAUUUAACUACCUUUUGGAUCAAUUGAAAAGCCCAGAUGUUAAAGCUGUGUUGGCGGUUCUUGCUGCUGCCAAGUCAAAACUUCUGAAGAUUUGGCGGGAAAUGGAUCUCCGAGUCACUGAUGCAGCUAAUGAAGCAAAGGACAAUGUCAAAUACUUGUACACACUGGAAAAGUGCUGUGACCCCUUGUAUAGCAGCGACCCUAUAUCUAUGAUUGAUGCUAUUCCUACACUUAUCAAUGCAAUUAAAAUGAUAUAUAGUAUCUCUCAUUACUAUAAUACAUCUGAGAAGAUCACAUCUUUGUUUGUAAAGGUAACAAACCAGAUGAUAUCUGCAUGUAAAGCCUAUAUUUCUAACAGCGGUACAGUUUCCAUCUGGAGUCAGCCCCAAGAUGUUGUUAUGGAAAAAAUUUUAUCUGCAAUUAAACUUAAGCAGGAAUAUCAGAACUGCUUUCAUAAGAUGAAACAAAAACUUCAACAAGAUCCGAACGAAAAACAAUUUGAAUUUAGUGAGAUGUAUAUUUUUGGAAAGUUUGAAACUUUCCACCGACGUCUUGCCAAGAUAAUAGACAUUUUUACAACCUUCAAGACAUACUCAGUCCUUCAAGAUUCUAACAUUGAAGGGUUGGAAGACAUGGUUACAAAAUAUCAGGGUAUUGUUGCCACCAUGAAGAAAAAGGAAUAUAAUUUCUUGGACCAGCGGAAAAUGGAUUUUGAUGAAGAUUAUGAGGAGUUCUGCAAGCAGACUAAUGACCUUCAUAUGGAGCUGCAGAAAUUCAUGGCUGUCACAAUUGAAAAGAUUCAAAGCACCAAUCAAGCCCUGAGCAUGCUGAAGAAAUUUGAGAGGUUGAACAUCCCUAACCUUGGGAUUGAAGACAAAUACCGGUGCAUCCUGGAAAAGUAUGGGGCCGACAUCGAGAUGCUCGCCAAGCUGUACUCCAAGCAGAAGGACGACCCUCCUCUGGGUCGGGACCAGCCCCCCGUCGCUGGGAAGAUCCUGUGGGCCCGGCAGCUGUUCCACCGCAUGGAGCAGCCCAUGCAGCAGUUCCAGCAGCAUCCCGCCGUGCUCCGUGCCCCCGAGGCCAAGCCCGUGAUUCGCAGCUACAACAGGCUGGCCAAGGUCCUCCUGGAAUUUGAGGUUCUCUACCACAGGGCGUGGCUUCAGCAAAUAGAACAAGUUCACUUAGGACUUGAAGCUUCUUUAUUAGUGAAGGCUCCAGGCAGUGGAGAACUGUUUGUCAACUUUGAUCCUGAGAUCUUCACCUUAUUUAGAGAGACUGAGUGCAUGUCACAGAUGGGUCUGCGAGUCUCGCCGUUUGCAGCUGCUCUUUUCCAGAAACGAGAUAUAUACAAAAAGAACUUCAGUAACAUGAAGAUGAUGCUCGCUGAAUAUCAGAGAGUCAAGUCAAAAAUGCCUUCCAUCAUUGAACAGCUGAUGGUCCCUCACUUGGCAAAAGUGGAUGAGGCUCUCCAGCCCGGCCUGACUGCACUGAGCUGGACAUCACUGAAUAUUGAGAAGUUUUUAAAAACAACUUUUGCAAAGAUCAAGGAUCUGGAACUGCUUCUUGACAGGAUCAAUGAUUUGAUUGAGUCCCGCAUCGAUGCUGUCCUAGAAGAAAUGAGUAGCACACCCCUUUGUCAGCUACCCCUUGACGAGCCUCUCACCUGUGAAGCCUUUCUCCAGAUGACUAAGGAUCUCUGUGUAAAUGGUGCUCAGACACUCCAUUUUAAAAGCUCAUUAGUGGAGGAAGCAGUUAAUGAGCUAAUUAAUAUGCUGCUGGAGGUAGAAGUUCCAUCGAUAGAAGAAAGAGAGAAAAUAUUCCAUGUGAAUAAUGCUAAUUUGAAAAGUGAAAAUUCAGGUAAGAGGGAAAAUCAAGAAGGAAAUCCCGACACCAUGACGUCGGCCCCUAAUGCAGGCGCUGCCCCCUUGCCUUUGGCGACAAUCAUGAGAAAGAAGAAAGAGGCUGAGAUGCUGGAGGAAGAAGCUUGCGAGCUGCUUUCUCAUUUCAACCAUCAGAACAUGGAUGCACUGCUGAAAGUCACCAAGAAUACACUCGAGGCCAUUCGGAAGCGCAUUCAUUCCUCCAACACUGUUAACUUUCGGGACAGCAGAAGUGCCUCAAAGACGAAGCAGAACAGUCGGCCCAUUUUCAGGGCCAACAUCAUGCUGGCCAUCCCCAGCAUCACCAUGAGCCCUGCCCUGGAGGACAUACAGCAGACCCUCAACAGAGCAGUGGAGUGCAUCGUCAGCGUCCCCAAGGGUGUGAGACAGUGGAGCGGUGAGCUGCCGUCCAAGAGAAAGAUGCACGAGAGGAAAACAGCUGCCCUGCAGGGUCCAGACAGUGACUCUGAGGCCGAGAUGGCAGAGACUGAACCCCAGGAAGCGGUUGAGAUAGCAUCUGUAAAUUUACCCAUUCCGGUGCAAACCAGGAACUAUUAUAAGAAUGUUUCUGACAACAAAGAGAUUGUAAAAUUGGUCUCUGUGCUCAGCACAAUCAUCAACUCCACCAAAAAAGAAGUUAUUACAUCCAUGGAUCGCUUCAAACGCUACAAUCACAUUUGGCAAAAGGAGAAAGAAGAAACCAUUAUGAAAUUUAUUGUGGAAAACCCCUUGCUUUCUGAAUUUGAAUCCCAGAUUCUCUAUUUCCAAAACUUGGAGCAGGACAUCCAGACUCAGCCUGAGUUCAUCUGCGUGGGAGCUGUCGCCCUGUUCACAGCUGACUUGAAGUUCACACUCACUGCUGAGACAAAGGCCUGGAUGACUGUCAUCGGCCGUCACUGUAACAAAAAAUACCGGAGUGAGAUGGAAAACAUUUUCACACUUGUUGAAGAAUUCAAUAAGAAGCUGAACCGUCAAAUUAAAGACCUCGAUGAUAUUCGGAUUGCCAUGGCGACGCUGAAGGAAAUCAGGGAGCAGCAAAUCUCUAUUGACUUUCAAGUGGGGCCUAUUGAGGAAUCCUACGCCUUGCUUAACAAAUAUGGGCUUCUAAUAGCCAAGGAGGAGAUGGACAAGGUUGAUACUCUGCAUUAUGCUUGGGAGAAGCUCCUUGCUCGUGCCAGCGAGGUUCAGAAUGAACUGGUUGCACUGCAGCCUGGUUUCCGAAAAGAACUUAUUACUAGUAUGGAGAUCUUCCUCCAAGACUGUGACCAGUUUUAUUUGGAUUAUGAUUUGAAUGGCCCAAUGGCCAGUGGCUUGAAACCCCAAGAAGCCAGUGACAGACUUGUCAUGUUUCAGAAUCAGUUUGAUAAUAUCUAUCGGAAAUAUAUCACCUAUACUGGGGGAGAGGAACUCUUUGGUCUCCCAGUAACCCAGUAUCCCCAGCUUCUGGAAAUAAAGAAGCAACUAAAUCUACUCCAGAAAAUAUACACUUUGUACAACAGCGUCAUAGACACUGUGAAUAGUUAUCACGACAUCCUCUGGUCAGAAGUGAAUAUUGAAAAAAUCAACAGUGAACUUUUAGAGUUCCAGAACAGGUGUCGGAAGCUGCCGCGGGCCUUGAAGGACUGGCAGGCUUUCUUGGAUCUGAAGAAAACCAUCGAUGAUUUCAGCGAGUGCUGCCCACUGCUGGAGCACAUGGCCAGUAAGGCGAUGAUGGAGAGGCACUGGGAGAGGAUAACGGCGCUCACGGGGCAUAGUCUGGACGUGGGGAACGAAAGCUUCAAAUUGAGAAAUAUCAUGGAAGCCCCUCUCCUGAAAUACAAAGAGGAAAUAGAGGACAUCUGCAUCAGUGCUGUGAAAGAAAGGGACAUUGAGCAGAGGCUGAAGCAGGUCAUUCAGGAGUGGGACAACAAAACCUUCGCAUUUGGCAGCUUCAAAACCCGUGGAGAGCUUCUCUUGCGAGGAGACACGACCUCGGAAAUCAUCGCCAGCAUGGAGGACAGCUUGAUGCUGCUGAGCUCGCUGCUGAGCAAUAGGUACAAUGUGCCUUUCAAAACCCAGAUUCAAAAAUGGGUACAGUAUCUUUCCAACUCCACCGACAUCAUUGAGAACUGGAUGAUGGUGCAAAACUUGUGGAUUUAUCUGGAAGCCGUCUUUGUGGGAGGAGAUAUUGCUAAGCAGCUUCCUAAGGAAGCCAAGCGUUUUUCCAACAUCGACAAAUCCUGGGUGAAGAUUAUGACUCGGGCGCACGAGACCCCGAACGUGGUCCAGUGCUGCGUGGGAGAUGAGACUAUGGGGCAGCUGCUGCCUCACCUGCUGGAACAGCUGGAGAUGUGCCAGAAGUCCCUGACGGGAUACUUGGAGAAAAAACGACUUUGCUUUCCACGGUUCUUCUUUGUCUCAGACCCUGCCUUGCUAGAAAUUCUGGGACAGGCGUCAGACACACACACCAUCCAGGCCCAUUUGCUGAAUGUAUUUGACAACAUCAAAACCGUCAAGUUCCACGAAAAGGUCUAUGAUCGCAUUCUUUCAAUUUCCUCUCGCGAGGGCGAGACGAUUGAAUUGGCCAAACCUGUGAUGGCAGAGGGCAACGUGGAAGUGUGGCUUAACUCUCUCUUAGAGGAAUCUCAGUCAUCACUACACCUUGUGAUUCGCCAGGCAGCGGAAAGUAUUCAGGAAACAGGUUUCCAGCUGAUUGAAUUUCUUUCUUGCUUCCCUGCUCAGGUUGGCUUAUUAGGAAUUCAAAUGAUAUGGACACGAGAUGCAGAAGAGGCCCUCAGAAAUGCCAAGUUUGAUAAAAAAAUAAUGCAGAAAACCAACCAGUCCUUUCUCGAACUCCUGAACACACUGAUAGACAUCACAACCAAAGAACUGAGCUCCAUGGAGCGAGUGAAAUAUGAGACUUUGAUUACUAUUCAUGUGCACCAAAGGGACAUCUUUGAUGACCUGUGUCACCUGCAUAUCAAGAGCCCAACUGACUUCGAGUGGCUGAAGCAGUGUAGGUUCUACUUUAACGAGGACUCUGACAAGAUGAUGAUUCACAUCACCGACGUGGCUUUCAUCUACCAGAACGAGUUCUUGGGCUGCACUGACAGGCUGGUCAUCACUCCACUCACCGACAGGUGUUACAUCACACUGGCUCAAGCUCUCGGAAUGAGCAUGGGAGGAGCCCCAGCAGGACCUGCAGGAACAGGGAAAACAGAAACAACCAAGGACAUGGGCCGAUGUCUCGGGAAAUACGUUGUGGUCUUCAACUGUUCAGACCAGAUGGACUUUCGAGGCCUCGGGCGGAUAUUUAAAGGCCUGGCGCAGUCUGGCUCCUGGGGCUGUUUUGAUGAAUUUAACCGUAUCGAUCUACCAGUACUCUCUGUCGCAGCCCAGCAAAUUUCCAUUAUUCUGACAUGCAAAAAGGAGCGUAAAAAAUCUUUUAUUUUUACUGAUGGAGAUAAUGUGACUAUGAACCCUGAGUUUGGACUUUUUUUAACCAUGAACCCAGGCUAUGCUGGGCGGCAAGAACUCCCCGAGAACUUGAAGAUCAACUUCCGCUCUGUGGCCAUGAUGGUCCCUGACCGCCAGAUCAUCAUCCGCGUGAAGCUGGCCAGCUGUGGCUUCAUUGACAACAUUGUUUUGGCCAGGAAGUUUUUCACGCUCUACAAGCUGUGCGAGGAGCAGCUCUCCAAGCAGGUGCAUUAUGACUUUGGCCUUCGUAACAUUCUGUCGGUCCUGCGAACACUGGGGGCAGCCAAGAGAGCGAACCCCACAGAUACGGAGUCCACGACGGUCAUGCGCGUAUUACGGGAUAUGAACCUUUCUAAGCUGAUCGAUGAAGAUGAACCCUUAUUUUUGAGUUUGAUUGAAGAUCUCUUCCCAAAUAUUCUUCUGGACAAGGCAGGUUACCCUGAACUGGAAGCAGCCAUUGGCAGACAGGUUGAAGAAGCGGGUUUAAUUAACCACCCGCCUUGGAAACUGAAGGUCAUCCAGCUGUUUGAGACACAGAGAGUACGCCACGGAAUGAUGACCCUGGGCCCUAGUGGGGCAGGGAAAACCACCUGCAUCCACACCUUGAUGAAAGCUAUGACAGACUGUGGGAAACCACACCGGGAAAUGAGGAUGAACCCCAAAGCAAUUACGGCCCCACAGAUGUUUGGUCGGCUUGAUGUGGCCACAAAUGACUGGACUGAUGGUAUAUUUUCUACCCUUUGGAGGAAAACAUUGAGGGCUAAGAAAGGAGAACAUAUCUGGAUAGUUCUUGAUGGUCCAGUAGAUGCCAUCUGGAUUGAAAAUCUGAAUUCUGUUUUGGAUGAUAACAAAACUCUAACUCUUGCCAAUGGUGACCGGAUUCCCAUGGCUCCAAACUGCAAGAUCGUUUUUGAGCCACACAACAUUGACAAUGCGUCUCCAGCCACUGUCUCCAGGAACGGAAUGGUCUUUAUGAGUUCUUCUAUUCUGGACUGGAGUCCAAUCCUUGAGGGUUUCCUUAAAAAACGCUCACCUCAAGAAGCUGAAAUUCUCCGUCAGCUGUACACAAAGUCUUUCCCAGACCUGUAUCGCUUUAGCAUUCAGAACUUGGAGUACAAGAUGGAGAUGCUGGAGGCUUUUGUCAUCAUGCAGAGUCUCAACAUGCUUCAGGGCCUGGUCCCUGCCAAGGAGGCCGGCGUGGAGGUGACGGCCGUGCACCUGGGGCGAUUAUACGUCUUUGCCCUGAUGUGGAGCGUGGGUGCUGUGCUGGAACUCGAAGGCCGCCGGCGGCUGGAGCACUGGCUGCGUUCCCAGGAGCCGCAGACCUUGGACCUCCCCCCUCUGGUUGGGGCAGAAGACACCAUGUUCGACUAUUACGUCGCCCCUGACGGUGAAUGGAUGCACUGGAACACAUGCACUGAGGAAUACAUCUACCCACCCGACAGCACCCCAGAAUAUGGCUCCAUCUUGGUGCCCAACGUCGACAAUGUGAGGACUGACUUUCUCAUCAACACUAUUGCCAAGCAGGGCAAGGCUGUGCUGUUAAUUGGUGAACAAGGAACAGCCAAGACAGUUAUAAUCAAAGGAUUUAUGUCAAAAUAUGAUCCUGAGAGCCACGUGGUCAAGAGUCUGAACUUCUCUUCUGCAACUACGCCGUUGAUGUUUCAGAGAACAGUGGAGAGCUAUGUGGAUAAGCGAAUGGGAACAACAUAUGGCCCCCCUGCAGGAAAGAAAAUGACUGUUUUUAUCGAUGAUGUGAAUAUGCCAGUGAUCAAUGAAUGGGGAGACCAGGUCACUAAUGAAAUAGUCCGGCAGCUGAUGGAACAGAAUGGCUUUUAUAACCUCGAGAAGCCUGGAGAGUUCACCAGCAUUGUGGACGUCCAGUUUUUGGCAGCCAUGAUUCAUCCAGGGGGUGGACGCAAUGACAUACCCCAAAGACUCAAGAGGCAGUUCUCUAUUUUUAAUUGCACUUUGCCUUCAGACGCUUCCAUGGACAAGAUUUUUGGUGUGAUUGGGGUUGGCCACUACUGUCCCCAGAGGGGUUUCUCGGAAGAAGUGAGAGAGUCCGUCACCAGGGUGGUUCCCCUGACUCGCCGACUAUGGCAGAUGACAAAGAACAGAAUGCUCCCAACUCCUGCAAAGUUCCACUAUGUAUUUAACCUUCGGGAUCUCUCUAGGAUCUGGCAGGGAAUGCUGAACACGACUUCAGAGGUGAUCCAGGAACCAGAUGGCCUCUUACAGCUAUGGAAGCAUGAAUGUAAGCGAGUCAUAGCGGAUCGUUUCACAGUGCCUGAAGAUGUCACCUGGUUUGAUAAGACAUUAGCACGCCUGGUGGAGGAGGAACUUGGUGAAGAGAAAAAACUCGCAGUGGAUUGUGGAGUGGAUGCUUAUUUUGUGGACUUCUUGAGAGAUGCGCCCGAAGCUACAGGUGAAACACCAGAGGAAGCUGAUGCAGAAAUGCCCAAAAUUUAUGAACCAAUUGAAUCUUUUGGCCACUUGAAGGAGCGUUUGAAUAUGUUCCUGCAACUCUAUAAUGAGAGCAUUCGUGGGGCUGGCAUGGAUUUGGUCUUUUUUGCAGAUGCUAUGGUACAUUUAGUCAAGAUCUCAAGAGUCAUUCGUACUCCCCGAGGAAAUGCCCUCUUAGUCGGGGUGGGUGGAUCAGGAAAGCAGAGCCUCACGAGGUUGGCUUCAUUCAUCGCUGGCUACACGUUCUUCCAGAUAACUCUGACAAGAUCUUAUAGCACCUCAAAUCUGAUGGAAGACCUGAAGAUUUUGUACAGAACGGCUGGCCAGCAAGGCAAAGGAAUCACGUUUAUUUUCACAGACAAUGAGAUUAAGGAUGAGUCAUUUUUGGAAUAUAUGAACAAUGUCUUAUCAUCGGGUGAGGUCUCUAACCUGUUUGCACGUGAUGAGAUUGAUGAAAUUCAUAGUGAUCUGGUACCAGUCAUGAAAAAAGAGCACCCCCGGCGUCCCGCUACCAAUGAGAACCUGUAUGAAUACUUCAUGAGUCGGGUUCGACAGAAUCUGCAUGUGGUACUCUGCUUUUCACCGGUGGGGGAAAAAUUUCGCAAUCGAGCUUUGAAGUUCCCGGCCCUUAUUUCAGGAUGCACCAUUGACUGGUUCAGCCGAUGGCCUAAGGAUGCCUUAGUUGCUGUGUCAGAGCAUUUCCUCUCUUCCUACGAGAUCGACUGCAGCCUGGAGACCAAGAGGGAAGUGGUGCAGUGCAUGGGCUCCUUCCAGGACGGGGUAGCGGAGAAAUGCGUGGAUUACUUCCAGCGCUUCCGACGCUCCACCCAUGUGACGCCCAAGUCAUACCUCUCAUUUAUUCAGGGCUAUAAAUUCAUUUAUGGAGAAAAGCAUCUGGAAGUGCAAACUCUGGCCAACAGAAUGAAUACUGGAUUGGAGAAGCUUAAAGAAGCCUCAGAGUCUGUUGCAGCCCUGAGCAUAGAGCUAGAAGCCAAAGAAAAGGAGCUUCAAGUGGCCAAUGAUAAAGCUGACAUGGUCUUGAAAGAAGUGACAAUGAAAGCCCAGGCUGCUGAGAAAGUCAAGGCUGAGGUCCAGAAGGUGAAGGACAAGGCCCAGGCCAUUGUAGACAGCAUCUCUAAAGACAAAGCCAUCGCAGAAGAGAAACUGGAAGCCGCCAAACCAGCAUUAGAAGAAGCCGAGGCAGCCCUGCAGACUAUCAAGCCUUCGGACAUCGCGACGGUGCGUACGCUGGGCCGACCCCCACACCUCAUCAUGAGGAUCAUGGAUUGUGUGCUGCUGCUCUUUCAGAGGAAAGUCAAUGCAGUGAAAGUUGACCUGGAGAAAAGCUGCACCAUUCCUUCCUGGCAGGAGUCUUUGAAACUGAUGACUGCUGGGAACUUUUUGCAGAAUUUGCAGCAAUUCCCCAAAGACACGAUCAAUGAAGAAGUGAUCGACUUCUUGAAUCCCUACUUUGAAAUGGCAGAUUACAACAUUGAGACUGCGAAGCGUGUGUGUGGGAACGUAGCCGGCCUCUGCUCUUGGACUAAAGCCAUGGCUUCCUUCUUUUCUAUAAACAGGGAGGUGUUGCCUCUGAAGGCCAACUUGGUGGUGCAGGAGAAUCGCCACAUCUUGGCUAUGCAGGAUCUGCAGAAGGCCCAGGCUGAGCUGGACGACAAGCAGGCAGAGCUGGAUGUGGUGCAAGCCGAGUAUGAACAGGCCAUGACAGAGAAGCAGACUCUGCUGGAAGAUGCAGAGCGAUGCCGGCAUAAGAUGCAGACUGCCUCAGCCCUCAUCGGGGGCUUGGCAGGAGAGAAGGAACGAUGGACAGAGCAGAGCAAAGAGUUUGCUGCACAAACCAAAAGACUUGUAGGGGAUGUGUUGUUGGCCACAGCUUUUCUAUCUUAUUCUGGUCCAUUUAACCAAGAAUUUCGUGAUCUACUGCUAAAUGACUGGCAGAAAGAGAUGAAAGCCCGGGAAAUUCCUUUUGGAAACAAUCUAAAUCUCACUGAGAUGUUGAUUGAUGCUCCUACGAUUAGUGAAUGGAACCUCCAAGGUCUGCCAAAUGAUGAUCUGUCGAUUCAGAAUGGAAUCAUUGUCACCAAAGCAGCUCGUUUUCCUUUAUUAAUUGACCCCCAGACUCAAGGCAAGAGCUGGAUUAAAAAUAAAGAGAGCCAAAAUGAACUGCAGAUAACAUCGCUAAAUCACAAGUAUUUCAGAAACCACCUGGAGGACAGCCUCUCUCUGGGAAGACCUUUGCUUAUUGAGGACGUUGGAGAAGAACUAGAUCCAGCCCUAGAUAAUGUUCUGGAGAGAAAUUUCAUUAAGACGGGGUCAACCUUUAAGGUGAAAGUUGGUGACAAGGAGGUAGAUGUGAUGGAUGGGUUCAGACUCUACAUUACCACCAAGCUGCCCAAUCCAGCCUACACCCCAGAAAUUAGUGCUCGCACCUCCAUCAUUGACUUCACGGUCACCAUGAAGGGUUUAGAAGACCAGUUGCUGGGGAGAGUCAUUCUCACAGAGAAGCAAGAACUGGAGAAAGAGAGAACUCAUCUCAUGGAAGAUGUGACAGCAAACAAAAGAAAGAUGAAGUUGCUAGAAGACAAUUUGCUCUACCGCCUGACGAGCACUCAAGGGUCCCUGGUGGAGGAUGAGAGUCUCAUCGUUGUGUUGAGUAACACAAAAAAGACAGCAGAGGAGGUAACACAGAAGCUGGAAAUUUCAGCCGAGACGGAAAUUCAAAUUAACUCAGCCCGGGAGGAAUACAGACCUGUGGCUACUCGCGGCAGCAUCCUGUACUUCCUCACCACCGAGAUGCGCCUGGUUAACGAGAUGUAUCAGACCUCACUCCGUCAGUUUCUACGCCUGUUUGACCUGUCCUUAGCCAGGUCUGUCAAAAGCCCAAUCACAAGCAAGAGGAUCGCUAAUAUCAUUGAACAUAUGACCUAUGAAAUUUAUAAAUAUGCUGCACGGGGGUUGUAUGAGGAGCAUAAAUUCCUGUUCACCUUGCUGCUCACGCUGAAGAUUGACGUCCAGAGGAACCAAGUGAAGCAUGAAGAGUUUCUCACCUUUGUUAAAGGCGGAGCUUCACUGGAUCUGAAAGCUUGUCCCCCUAAGCCGUCUAAAUGGAUCCUGGACAUGACCUGGCUGAAUUUGGUAGAGCUGAGUAAACUUCGACAGUUUUCAGAUGUCCUUGAUCAGAUAUCAAGAAAUGAGAAACUGUGGAAAAUUUGGUUUGAUAAGGAAAAUCCUGAGGAGGAACCUCUUCCAAAUGCCUAUGACAAAUCUCUUGACUGCUUUAGACGUCUUCUCCUCAUUAGGUCCUGGUGCCCUGAUAGAACCAUUGCCCAGGCACGCAAGUACAUCAUGGAUUCCAUGGGAGAGAAAUACGCUGAAGGCGUCAUUCUGGACUUGGAAAAGACUUGGGAGGAGUCGGAUCCCCGGACCCCACUCAUCUGCCUCCUGUCUAUGGGCUCUGACCCCACAGACUCCAUCAUUGCUCUGGGGAAGAGAUUGAAAAUAGAAACUCGUUAUGUGUCCAUGGGCCAGGGCCAGGAGGUCCAUGCUCGGAAGCUCUUGCAGCAGACGAUGGCAAAUGGAGGAUGGGCACUCCUGCAGAACUGCCAUCUGGGACUGGACUUCAUGGAAGAGCUCAUGGACAUCGUAGUGGAAACCGAAGCAGUGCACAGUGCCUUCCGCCUAUGGAUGACCACGGAGGUUCACAAGCAGUUCCCCAUCACCCUUCUUCAAAUGUCCAUUCGCUUUGUCAAUGAGCCUCCACAGGGCCUCCGAGCAGGGCUGAAGAGAACAUAUGGCGGUGUGAGUCAGGACCUGUUGGACGUGAGCACAGUGCCUCAGUGGAAGCCCAUGCUGUAUGCAGUGGCUUUCCUGCAUUCCACUGUCCAGGAGAGGCGCAAAUUUGGUCCUCUGGGAUGGAAUAUCCCCUAUGAGUUUAACCAAGCAGACUUCAAUGCCACUGUGCAGUUCAUCCAGAACCACUUGGAUGACAUGGACAUCAAGAAGGGCGUCUCUUGGACCACUGUCCGCUACAUGAUAGGAGAGAUUCAAUAUGGAGGCAGAGUCACUGAUGACUAUGACAAGAGAUUGUUGAACACAUUCGCGAAGGUUUGGUUCAGUGAGAAUAUGUUUGGACCAGAUUUCAGCUUUUACCAAGGAUAUAACAUUCCCAAAUGCAGCACAGCGGAUGACUAUAUCCAAUAUAUUCAGAGCUUGCCCAACUAUGACAGCCCUGAGGUGUUUGGGCUGCACCCCAAUGCUGACAUCACCUACCAAAGCAAGCUGGCCAAGGACGUGCUGGACAACAUCCUCGGCAUCCAGCCCAAGGACAGCUCUGGUGGAGGGGACGAGACCCGGGAGGCUGUGGUGGCCCGGCUGGCGGACGACAUGCUGGAGAAGCUGCCCCCUGACUAUGGUCCAUUUGAAGUAAGAGAGAGGCUGCAGAAGAUGGGGCCACUCCAGCCGAUGAACAUUUUCCUCAGACAGGAGAUAGACAGGAUGCAGAGAAUUCUCACCCUGGUUCGAAGCACCUUGACUGAGCUCAAACUGGCCAUUGACGGCACCAUCAUCAUGAGUGAGAACCUGCGAGAUGCACUCAACUGCAUGUUUGAUGCCCGGAUUCCUGCUCGGUGGAAGAAAGCAUCUUGGGUUUCCAGUACAUUGGGUUUCUGGUUCACCGAACUUAUUGAACGAAACUGCCAGUUUACCUCUUGGAUUUUCAAUGGUCGCCCCCACUGCUUUUGGAUGACUGGAUUUUUUAAUCCCCAAGGAUUUUUAACUGCAAUGAGGCAGGAAAUAACUCGAGCCAACAAAGGCUGGGCUCUGGACAACAUGGUUCUCUGCAACGAAGUCACCAAAUGGAUGAAAGAUGACAUUUCUGCCCCUCCCACUGAGGGUGUCUAUGUCUAUGGCCUAUACCUGGAAGGUGCUGGUUGGGACAAGAGGAAUAUGAAACUCAUUGAGUCCAAGCCCAAAGUGCUCUUUGAGCUAAUGCCCGUCAUAAGGAUUUAUGCAGAAAACAAUACAUUAAGAGAUCCUCGGCUUUACUCCUGCCCCAUCUAUAAGAAGCCAGUCCGAACAGACUUGAAUUACAUCGCUGCGGUGGAUCUGCGAACAGUCCAGGCCCCUGAACACUGGGUGCUCCGUGGGGUCGCCCUUCUCUGUGACGUCAAGUGAUAGGGGUUCGUCCGUUUCCAGAUCCACCGGCAAAUGGAGAAUCGUCUCAUGAUAACCUUCAUUCUUCGAUGAGUGCU